CGGGAUUAUCUGCACAAGACCGGACGCUUCAUUGUUAUCGGUGGCAUUGUCUCACCUGUGCACGACUCCUACGGGAAGACGGGUCUGGUCUCAAGCCGGCACCGCCUGACCAUGUGCCAGCUGGCCGUCCAGUCCUCCGACUGGAUCAGGGUGGACCCCUGGGAGUGCUACCAGGACACCUGGCAGACCACCUGCAGCGUGCUGGAGCACCACCGUGACCUGAUGAAGAGAGUGACUGGCUGCAUCCUCUCUAACGUCAACACCCCCUCCAUCACCCCCGUGAUCGGACAGCCGCAGAACGAGUCCUCGCAGACCAUCUACCAGAACAACAACAACGUCUCCAACAAGCCCACCGCAGCAAAGAUCCUGGGGAAGGUGGGAGAAAGCCUGAGCCGAAUUUGCUGUGUUCGCCCACCCAUGGAGCGCUUCACCUUUGUGGAUGAGAACGCCAACUUGGGGACGGUGAUGAGAUACGAGGAGAUCGAGCUUCGCAUCUUACUGCUCUGUGGCAGUGACCUGCUGGAGUCCUUCUGCAUCCCCGGUCUCUGGAACGAGGCAGACAUGGAGGUGAUUGUUGGGGAGUUUGGGAUUGUGGUGGUGCCCCGGGAUGGAGCAGACCCCGACCGGAUUAUGAACCAUUCCUCCAUACUCCGCAAAUACAAAAACAACAUCCUGGUGGUGAAGGACGAUUCAAACCACCCCAUGUCGGUUGUCAGCUCCACCAAAAGCAGACUGGCCCUGCAGCACGGGGAUGGACACGUCGUGGAUUACCUCUGCCAGCCCGUCAUUGACUACAUCCUCAAGAGCCAACUCUACAUCAACGCCUCCGGCUAA